UCGACUAUUAUUAUUAUUAUUAUUAAUAUUUGUUAUUUUUGCCGCUACGAUAGAGUUGAGCAACAGGUUGUUUUUACGCGUCGCUUGCGUAUGUGUAGUAGAAAACAUUCUCAUUUCUUGUUCCAAAUCGUUGUGAUGAUGGACGGAAAUAAUAAUUAUUAUUAUUGUUGAAAACGACACACGAUGAGCUUCUCCAGUCAGAUAUUUCGUUCGCCGGAGUACACGAGCUUCAGGUGCAACGUGCCUCUUAAACAAAUCAUAUUGGACGAUACCGGCGCAAAUAAGGGAUGGAGAGUGUACGACACGGGACCUCGUUCAGUUGAGACCCCGUUAGUGUUCUUGCAUGCGGUCAGCGGUCGAGCCGAAGUCUUUUUCAAACAGUUGCUAACGCUCAGUUCAAAAGGCUACCGAGUCAUAUCAGCUGAAAAUCCACCUUAUUGGAGUGUUACUGAAUGGUGUGAAGGAUUCAUGCAACUAUUGGAUCAUAUGGAUAUUAAACAAGUGCAUUUAUUUGGUGCUUCAUUAGGUGGAUUUUUGGCACAAAAGUUUGUGGAGUUUUCUACAAUUGUACAUCAGCCUAGAGUUGUGUCACUAUUUUUAUGCAACUCUUUUACUGAUACAUCAAUAUUCAAAUAUAAAGAUGCUGCUGUUUUGUUCUGGAUUUUGCCUGCAAUGGUGCUCAGGAAAAUGGUGUUAUCAAAUCUUUCAUCGAGGGAAACAUUUUACGAUACACAAAUAAUGGAUUCAAUAGAUUUUAUGGUCGAACUGAUUGAAUCAUUAUCACAGGCUGAUCUAGCAUCUCGUUUAACCAUGAACUGUUUAAAUAGCCGUGUUAAUACAUCACUGAUGAGAGGUUUAAAAAGUGUCACCCUUAUGGAUGUAUUUGAUGAUUACGCCUUAGGGUCACCCAUUAAGGAGAAAAUUUACCAGGAAUAUCCUGAUGCUAAACUGGCUCAACUCAAGUCUGGUGGUAAUUUCCCAUACCUAAGUCGCAGUGAUGAAGUGAAUUUACACUUGCAGAUACAUUUGAGGAAGUAUGAUGGUACUCCUUUCAGUGCAAGUGAUAACGUUCCCAAUACAGAAUAAUUUAAAUAAUGUAUCACCAAAAACUGCUCAAUAUUUAUACAUUAUUACUGACCAACUUGCUUAAUAAAAGUGUGCUAGGAAAAAGUUUGGUCUGUUCUUAAAUACAUAAUAUAUAUAAUUACAUCUAUUGACAGUAAAAUUUUUAAUUUUAUCUAUGUUAUAUUUUUAUAAAAUCAAAACCUCGUUAUUGUUAAAAAUUACUAUUAAUA